CAACAAACGCACACACCAAGCUAGUAGACAACAAGAGAAAGCUUGCUUGCAUGCAGUAGAGGAGAACCCUUUAUUGUGUGAGACUGCUGGCUACUAUCUUUCGUUUGUUAUAUGAAUCAUUAAACACACAAGCUGACUACGUUACGUUAAAUUCAAUCCAGAAGAUGAAGGAGUCGACAACAGUUCACCAUUGCAAUCAGCAGAAGGGUAACAUCUUGGGUAUCUUCUCAUUACUUUUUUUAUUUGGGAACACCCCACUUGCGAAAGCCCAAUCGUUUUUGACUCCAUCUCCCACUCCCAACAAUGUGGUCAAUGUGACGACUAGGGAUUGCAGUGCAUCCAGUGGCAGUUGCGUGGAGUGUGUCAGUGCCAAUUGCGCCUGGGCCAUUGGAUUAUGUCAGGAUUCCUGUGAUGGAUUUCCCUUGGAUUGCUACUCUUUGGACUCUACUACUGUUCCCAACAACAAUUUUCCCACGGCGCAGUCGGUCUGUGAUUUGCAACAAUUACAAGCCCAAGAUGCCGCCUUUUGUGGAGUUCAAACCACCUGCGAAGCUUGCACGUCCACCACACUCAAGGCACCCUCUGCUGGUAGCAGUAGUGCAGUGGAACGACAAGAUUCCCCAACCACGUGUUCCUGGUACGAUGUAAAAGAAACCUGUUCUCAUUUGGCAGAAGAUGACAGUGGCAAGAGCAGUCCUUAUUGUCGUUCCACUUCGGAAGGACUAUGCUACUAUGGCGCCAACAACUGCAACGAUUGCCUGGACUUGGGCUUCUGCAGUUGGACCGGGGAUGGCACUUGUGAACUCAAUUGUCUACCAGGACAAGAAUGUUUCAGCAAUACACAAGCAUCGGCUUCGUCGAAUAGUGACAUUUGUACCACGGCAGAAGCCUUUCAAGCGGAUCUGGAGCUCUGUCGAGAACAAGCCGAUUGUGCAUCUUGUGCGGCUACCAGUGUGUCAUCCGGUGGUUCUUGUGAUUGGUUUUACAACAAUGCUACUUGGACGGGAUCCUGUGGAGUGUCACUGAGUACUGAUGAUGAUAACGAUUGCGAUGCUACCACUGGUGUUGGUUGUCCCGUGGAUUCCUGUGCCGAUGUGCCCAGUACCGACCAAUGCGAAGCAUUGGCCACACUGUCACCCGAGGAUAUUACCUGCAAUGCCUGUUUGCAAUCCGAUUGUGGUUGGGUGGAAGAAAGCAGUCGUUGCCUACCGAGUUGCGACUUCAUUCAGGAUGAUUCCCAUUGUGUCGUUCGCAGUCCCACUGAUACCAGUGCCAAUAUCUGUACCCAGGCGGAAAAUCAUGUCGAAGAUGCCGGCAUUUGUAACACUCAAACCGAUUGUGCUUCCUGUAUUGUCCAACUCAAGAGCGAUCGACGAUCCAAUUGUCAAUGGUACAGUGGUGGGUCGGCUAUUGCCUAUUGUGGUCCCGGAGGUUCCUGCGAUUCUCAGGGAGCGUGUCCCAGUGCGACCUGCGAUUUCUCUUCUGGUAGCGCCAACAGUGGCUUUUGCGGGGCCGCAUCCACCGAUUGUCUCACGUGUCUGGGCAAUGCCGGGUGUGUUUGGAUUGACGGUACCUGUCGGGGAUCGUGUACGGAAGUGCCCACUUCCAACACUUGCUUUUCGGAUACCAAUCCGGCGUAUACCGGAGCCAGUGACUUUUUCAUUUGCAAUGAGGCAGGAACCAGUAGCGAUCGAGAUGUUACCACAGACGAUACGGACAGUGCUGGAAGAAGAAUGACAGCGUCCGUAAUGGCAGUGGUUUUGCUCGUAUCCGUAUCACUGCUAUGGUGAUGGUGAUGGUGACGAUCAUGGAUUGGGCAAACGCAAAACAAUAAACAAGAGGAUGCGAAUGUGACACCAAGGAGAUAUGCAACAACCGCCCAUGAUAAAGCUAUGCCGUAGUAUUGCGGUUUGUGGUAGUAAAGUAAUCAGUGCAGAAGUAGUAUUUGUUGCAUGGGAAUUCGUUUCAUCUGAUGCGUUCAGAGAUGGAAGAGAAGUACGUAAACAUUCCAAGUUGCUUUGCGACACUGCAGAUUGCGCGUUAGCUUCAUAAACAGC